GGCUAACUGAAGCUAGCUUGAUAUUUGCUGCUGUAGCCGGUGGUUGCGGUGAUGGCUCUCCCAUGAGGUGGGAGAGCGGGACUGCUUUUUUUACUGAUUACUCUCUGAUAAAGUGUCGCUAACAUGGCCGGGGUUUUUGACAUCGAUUUAGAUCAACCAGACGAGAAUGUCUCUGACGACGAUCUGGAGGAUGGGGCCCAGCAUGGUGAAUACAUGGAGCAGUGCAGCAGCUUUGAGUUUAACAUGGACGGUUGUGAGAAGUUUGAAAUUUCCGAGAACAGCGUGAACAAGGGAACGGAGCAGAUCGGGCCGGAAUGUUUCGAAUUGCUCAAAGUUUUGGGAAAAGGUGGUUACGGAAAGGUCUUUCAGGUCCGGAAGGUGACCGGGGCCGCAUCUGGGAAAAUCUUUGCCAUGAAAGUUUUGAAGAAGGCCAUGAUUGUUCGUAACGCAAAGGACACAGCACACACCAAAGCUGAGAGGAACAUAUUGGAGGAGGUGAAGCAUCCCUUCAUCGUGGACCUCAUCUAUGCCUUCCAAACUGGAGGAAAGCUCUACCUGAUUUUGGAGUAUCUGAGCGGUGGAGAGCUCUUCAUGCAGCUAGAAAGAGAAGGGAUCUUCAUGGAGGACACGGCUUGCUUCUACCUGGCAGAGAUCUCAAUGGCGCUAGGUCAUCUGCACCAGAAAGGAAUCAUCUAUAGAGACCUGAAGCCUGAGAACAUCAUGCUCAACAACAACGGACACGUGAAGCUGACAGACUUCGGUCUAUGCAAAGAGUCCAUCCAUGAUGGAACGUACACCCACACCUUCUGUGGGACCAUUGAGUACAUGGCUCCAGAGAUCCUGAUGAGGAGCGGACACAAUCGCGCCGUGGACUGGUGGAGUCUCGGCGCCCUCAUGUAUGACAUGCUGACUGGAGCACCUCCUUUUACAGGUGAAAACAGGAAGAAGACUAUUGAUAAAAUCCUGAAAUGCAAACUCAGCCUUCCACCUUACCUCACACAAGAAGCCAGGGACCUCCUGAAAAAGCUGCUGAGACGAAGUGCCUCAUCACGACUCGGAGGUGGAUCCGGUGACUCUGCUGAGGUCCAGGCCCAUCCAUUCUUCCGCUUCAUAAACUGGGACGAUCUCCUCGCUCGCAAAGUAGAGCCUCCCUUCAAACCCUUCCUGCAAUCAGCAGAUGAUGUAAGCCAGUUUGACUCCAAGUUCACCAGCCAGACUCCAGUAGACAGUCCAGAUGACUCCACACUCAGCGAAAGUGCAAAUCAAGUCUUCCUGGGUUUCACAUAUGUAGCCCCAUCUGUGCUCGAAAACCUGAAGGAGAAAUUCUCCUUCGAGCCCAAAGUCCGCUCUCCGCGGAAGUUCCCUGGAAGCCCAAGGACACCUGUGAGUCCAGUGAAGUUUGCGGGAGGAGACUGCUGGCCCCGCGGACCCCCGCUGACGGACACGCCGCCGCUGCUGUCCCCCAGCAGCUCUAUAGACCAGCCCAUGGAGGUCUCCACCAUGGAGCAAAUGGACACAAGUAGCGGCCUCACCACGGAGACGUCGGCUCCUCUUCCUAUCAGGCAUCCCUCAGGGCUCCAGGCGGGGCCUUACAAGAAGCAGGCGUACCCCAUGAACUCCAGGCGGCCUGAGCACCUGAGGAUGAACCUAUGACGCUCGGCUCACCAAUGAACUUCUCUCCUCUUUGUUGUUUUAAAAUAAUUUGUUAGUUUCUAAGACUUUGAUGUUGAUGCUGAUCACCAGCUCUUCCAGCAGCGCCUUCUUCCAAAGUCUGCUCAGCCUGACCUCUGGGGUUCCAUCUACUGGGCUUGGGCGGGGGUGGGGAGGGGUCUGGGUCGAGCUCAGCUGGCAUUAUACGAUUGUACUGGUGCUCUUUUAUCUCCAGAUCUGCGCUGUUUUUUCCUACUGUGGAGUCCCAUUUUUUUGUUUUGUUUUGUUUAGAAUCAGCGUUUUUUUUUU